AAAGAAAAAUAAGAAGAAUCGGUUUUUGUUCUCUCACACAGUCUUCUUCACUUGGCUCUACCUUGAAUUUCUACUUUGGUGCUACUCUUCUUCACAUACCUAGCUGCUGUAUACUAUACGUGAACCAACUCCGUAUUCUACUUUAGAGGCCAUGGGAAAAGCUUCUCGAGACAAAAGGGAUAUCUAUUAUCGUAAAGCUAAAGAAGAAGGAUGGCGUGCAAGAAGUGCUUUUAAGCUUCUUCAGAUUGAUGAAGAAUUUAAUAUUUUUGAAGGUGUGAAGAGGGUCGUAGAUUUAUGUGCUGCACCUGGUAGCUGGAGUCAGGUCUUGAGUCGUCAAUUAUAUCUUCCUGCAAAGUCCUCAGCUGAGUCAAAAGAUGGGGAUCUUCCUCUUAUAGUAGCCAUCGAUUUGCAGCCUAUGGCUCCAAUUGAAGGUGUCAUCCAGGUUCAAGGGGACAUAACUAAUGCUCGGACUGCUGAAGUGGUCAUUAGACACUUUGACGGCUGCAAAGCGGACCUGGUUGUCUGUGAUGGUGCUCCAGAUGUUACUGGUUUGCAUGACAUGGAUGAAUUUGUCCAGUCCCAACUCAUACUAGCAGGAUUAACGAUUGUAACUCAUAUUCUUAAAGAAGGUGGAAAAUUUAUUGCAAAGAUAUUCCGUGGAAAAGAUACAAGUCUCUUGUACUGUCAACUGAAAUUGUUUUUCCCAACCGUAACUUUUGCGAAACCGAAAAGCAGCCGCAAUUCAAGUAUAGAGGCUUUUGCAGUCUGCGAGAAUUACUCUCCGCCAGAAGGAUUUAACCCGAGAGAUCUGCAUCGUCUCUUGGAGAAAGUCGGAAGCCCUUCAGGUGGAAGCGAUCUCGAUUGCAGUAGUGGUUGGCUUGAAGGACCCAACAAAGUUUAUAUACCAUUCUUGGCAUGUGGUGACUUAACCGGUUAUGACUCAGACCGGUCUUACCCACUCCCUAGAGAAGCAGAUGGAUCAUCAUACCAGAGUUUGGACCCGAUUCAACCUCCGAUCGCACCGCCUUAUAAACGAGCUCUUGAGCUCAAGAAAGCUUCAGCACAAAGCUUCAACUCUUGAAGAAGGUGAUACCAAAAAAGAAAAAGGAACAAACUUUUCAUUGGAUUCUGUAGCCUGUCGUAAUGAUAUAUUCAGGGACCUACAAUUUCUAUAACGCUUAAUGUUUUUGUUAUGAUGAGGUUAUAUUUUUUAUAGAAUAAGAGAUUAUAUUAUUACUUUUGUUUAAUACUGCUAGGAAGAAAUCAAAUAUUGGGUCAACAAAAGAAGAAGCUUUUUCAGUCUUAUGGUCCUUUGAUUUCGACCCUUCUUUUUGAAUUCUAAAUUGGCCCACUUCGUUUUUCGUUUUUAGUUUGUAACGAAACUUGAAAAAAAAAAAUGGAUUAAGAUUUGAGGAAUUAUAACUUUUAGUAGUCACUAGCUAGUUGAAUAAUUGAAUCGAUAAACAUAAGACUUUAAUCAACUGAUCACCUAUGCAACUCUCAGUGUCAACUCUUUUACAUUACAAAGGAAACAAUAAAAAUCGUUUAGCGAGACCAGGUAGAGAUCGAGUUUGAUCUCGACAAAGAAGAGCAAGAGUUUAAGAACUCAAUGCAGUCCUCAAUGGCUUCUGCACGGUGAGACUCUGAUCCGUUUAGAGACUUUGACUUCAUCAAAUAAAGAGACGAAGAAACGUUACUGGAAGAUGACGGUGUCGUUUUGGUGUUCAUCCUGCCGAAUGAUAUAUAACGAAACGUUUUGCCAACUCUGUCUCCAAUACUGCGGAGUAAUCUCUUCGUCGUUGCCGGCGAGUCACUGAAGCUGAAACUGAAUAUUCCAACAACGACCCUCCUGCGACCAUGCCGUGAUGAGCUGUGUGUUGGGAAGAUCAGUUCGUCGUUUGCUUCUGGGUCCGGACUAAAGCGUACUCUUUUGGAUGCUCUUCGAGACAUAUUCUUGUCUGAAACUUUAUCGAGAGAGAGACAGAGAGAAAAAGAGAAACAAAAUGGAGACGUGAGGGAUUUUGAAGAUUUA